AGAUGCAAACAUGAUAUUGGCGCGAUCCCUUGGAGCGGGGGACCGGAGAUCACAAGGACACAUAUAAAAACAGCACAAACUAAGAAGAAUUGAUGAAAACGAAGGUGAGACAACUCCAUCUAUGCUGUCUUUUUCUUCUUGGUAUCUCCUCUCUCUCUCUCUCUUGUAGUCUUUUAGCUGUUGGCCAAUCCAAUUUCACCCAUAAACACCAAACAUCAACAAUCAAAUUCAAUUAAGCCAACACAAAUCACAAUCUCUAAUCAAAAUCCCCCACAUCAAAAAAUGGCAAAAACAAGCACAAACAUCAUGAGAAGAUCAAUCUUCACCUUCCUCAAAAACUACCAACACUUGACCUCCACCCCCAUCCUCCUCCUCCUCCCCUUCGCCGUCUGCGGCCUCCUCGCCCCGCCCCUCGUCUCCUCCUCGCGCCUCCUCCCGCUAGUCCACGGCCGCCUCACCUCCCUCUUCCUCGCCGCAGGCUUCCCUCCAUCCUCACCCCUCCUCAACAUCCUCAACCUCAAGCUCUCCCAAACCACCCUCGCCUCCCUCCUCGUCUCCCCCUUGUCGUGCUCGUCUCUCCUCCUCGCCAAAGCCGCCGUGGUCGGGACCCUGCACCACAACACCAGCAAUCCAUCACAGCUCUACAAACCACUCCUCAUCACCCAACUAUGCAACUCACUACUCAUCCUUGCAGCAAAUGCCACAUGCUUCUUCCUCCUAGCCAUCUUCUUCAUCUGCCUCGACAUUCUAGGCCUCUCGUCCCCCUCGUCCCUCCUCUUCUCGGCCGUUGGAGCCAUCCUCUGCUCCAUCAUCCUUGCCCACGCGUACAUCAUCUGCAACCUGGCCUUGGCCUCGUCUGCAAUGGAGAAGCGCGGUGGCCUCAUGCCCAUCAUCGAGGCGUGCCUCGUGAUCAAGGGGAGAAGUGCAACUGCAUUGUCUCUGGCUCUGCCUAUCAACCUGGCCUUGGCCGCCAUUGAAGCCCUCUUCGAAUACAGAGUUGUUGGAGCCUAUAAUAAUCAAGCCCUAAACCGGCCAGCCAUUAUUCUUCUUGAGGGAAUGCUCAUCGCCUACUUGUAUGCUAUGACGCUAAAUCUCGAUACAGUUGUAGGCUGCUUGUUUUGGAGAAGCUUCAAAACAGAUCACCAUAUUGGUCACGAUCAAGAUUUCUCUUACACGAUCGAAAUCUAUGAGUUCUAUGCCAAAGAAAAGGUUUAAAGGCUUGCUUUCUUGAAUCAUUUUUUCACAGUGAUCAAAUGGGGAUUCUUGAAUACAAUCAUCUUCAAGAAACAGAGGAAUCUUGAUUGUCUGAAGAUGAGACAAGGGAAAAGAGGGAAAUUUUAGCAUUCAUUUUUUCAAAUAUUUGAUUGGUUCCCUUGAUUCAUUCUUUGCCAAAAACUUCAUUGUUUUUCCCAAAUGGGAAUGUGGCAGAUUGCAGAGAUAUAUAUAGUCGAGAAUUACUAAGCUAAGAUUAUGUAGAGCAUCUCCAACGACACUCCAAAUUAGCGCUCUCCUCUGCUUUGCAGGGGAGUACUGUUUAUCACGAUACUCACAUUUAUUUUUU